AAGCAAUUAAGACUUGUCAACAUGAAAAAAGUGACUCAAAGUAUUUAGUUUGUUAAAAGUAUUUCAUAAGUGAGGUGCAAUAUUUUAAAAUAUUAUUAAAAGAAAUAUGGAACACAAGUGGAUUAAUUGUGCUAAUGGAGCUGUACCCUCUUUGGCUGUAGUAGCUGGUCAUGAUUCCGAUGGUGAUGCCAUUUAUAUAGGUCGUGCUGAGUACUCUGGCGAUCUUUUACCCGCUAAAGUUAUACCCAAUAAAGGUAAAGCUUACGUGUCUUUUGGUGGCCAAGAAGUGGAAGUUGAUACUUAUGAGGUAUUGAGUGGUUUACGUUAUCAGUGGAUUCCUGCUGCUAAUGGUGAUGUACCACCCGCUGCCGUUAAAGUAGGCCGUGCUGCUGAUGGUGACUUUUUAUAUGCUGGCCGUGGUCAUCAUGAAGGUAGUUUGACAGUGGGCAAAGUUCAUCCUUCCCACGGUUGCUUGUACAUACCCUAUGGCGAAGCCGAAGUUAAACUUUCGGAAUAUGAAGUGUUGACCCAACCCGAUCAAUGGAUUGCCGCAACUGCCGAUUCUAUGCCCGAAGAUGCUUUAGAGGGUGGCCGUGAUGCUGAUGGUGAUCCGAUUUAUGUGGGACGUGUUUUUAAAGACGGCGAUCUUAUGCCUGCUAAAGUUAUACCCAAUAAAGGUGGUGCCUAUGUUGCCUAUGACAGUGAAGAGCAUAAAGUGGAAAAUUUCCAAGUUUUAGCUGGUGCUGGUUUUAUGUGGACUCACUGUGAUAAUGGUAAUAUUGUACCGGGUGCUGUGCCAGCUGGCAAUACUUGUGAUGGUGAAACUUUAUAUAUUGGUCGUGCUGAACAUGAGGGUAGUAUUUGCGUGGGCAAGAUACAUCCUUCGCAUGGUUGUUUAUAUUUGCCCUAUGGCGGUGGUGAGGUCAAGGUGGAAUCGUAUGAAAUUUUAGUUAGAGUUUAAGGUAUUAAAUUUAUGGUUUUGUAUAUUUUUACGUAUUAGAUAUGAAUAUAAAUAAAGUAUAAAGUGUUUUACAUUAA